GUUCCGGGUGGCCACAGACUGAGAGGGAAGCCGAGCACAAGCAGCCUUUGACCGAGCAAGGUUGGAGCAUCACCCGCACGUCUUGCGGUGGCCUUCUCGGCUCUCGAACUUUAACCCGUAAACUGGAUUAAAUACACACAAAAAAAACCCGCUGGGAUGCCUGCGAGUAAAAACGUACAAGGAGGGAAAGCCUUCGGGCUGCUAAAGGAGCAACAAAGACAAAAACUGGAGGAGGUAAACCAGGAAUUCCUGGAGGACCAGAAGUACAGGGAUGAAGAUGACCUCGCAGAGAAGCUGGAGGGUUUCAAAAAUAAAUAUGCUGAAUUUGACUUGAAUGACCAAGACGAGAUCGAUCUGAUGGGCCUCAAGCGGAUGAUGGAGAAGCUGGGCGUUCCCAAGACCCACUUGGAGCUGAAGAAAAUGAUUAUGGAGGUGACGGGCGGCACCAGCAGCAACACCAUCGACUACAGGGACUUCGUCAAGAUGAUGCUGGGCAAACGCUCGGCCGUGCUCAAACUAGUCUUGAUCUUCGAAGACAAAGCCAACGGGGCGGCGCCCUGCAAGCCGGACGGCCCGCCUCCGAAGCGGGACAUCGCCAGCCUGCCUUAAGGCCCCCACCCCAACCCCAUUUCCUGCCUUCACAGGCUGCUUUCCAAUUUUCUUACCCUGGUGGACCACUGAUGGACGGGACGGAGGAGGAUAUUUUUGUGACGUACGGUGCGUGAAAGGUGUCAAGUUUGUUUUGCGUUAGGUGGAGCUCGUCGCUAAACGAUGUUUGACUGUGAAUAUUAUUCUUUCGGUAAGAUGUAGCAUCCGUAGUGUACAUGUAAUCUCCUCGAGAUGUUUUUUUUUUUUGUAGUUGAGUGUUGUGUUGUGUUUUAAGGGAAGAUGCUUUUAUUUUUAGACGAGCACAAGCAGCUUUCUUCAUCCCAUUUCCGCAGCAGCCUCACAGGGAUUCCCACCGCGCCGACCUCGGUCCGCUUUUGAGAGAUUACGGGCCCCUGGGCCCCACUUCUUGCGGAGCUGGAACACUGAUCUGGAAUCAGUAACUAGUUUGUCAAGUCUGCGCUUUGGACUUUCACUCGCGCUUGCAUCGUGGUUUGAGGUCAAGCACACGUACGUAUAGGACCGUGAUUUACGGGCACAAAUGUUACACUCAACAACAACAGUACAAUCAUGUUCUUUCCAAGUGCCUCAGUGCGGGAACAACAGGGAGUGCGUGCAAAUGCGCGGUCCAAGCAGUAAAUACGAACCCCACAAAACCAUGAAAUCUGUGUUCUUUGAUAUUGAAUUUUAUGUUAUACAACAUUCUUUGUGUGUUCACAAGUGAUUGAUCCCCUUCAACCAUUGCCCCUCUUUUUUAACACUAACUGUCAUUGUAAAAGUUGAUCCUGAGCAUUUAGGUACAUUUUAGAGUUGCAAGUCUCACACAAUGUCAUUAUUACUUCGACAGUGGUACCUCAAAGGUUUGGUCCAACUUCAAAACAAUUGACAACCUUCACAAAUUAUGUGAGGAUUAUUGAGUUUUGGGAUGGGAUUUCAGAAUAAAAGGAUUUGUAACCUUUAGCAGGUGAGGUUGAUUUUGAUCUUUUUACAAACUUUUGAAUCACAUGUUCAGUAUUUCAAUACUUUUUGCACAACCUGCUGUUCUCUAACAAGGAGCUGAACAGCAAAAUUCACAACAGGUGUUUGAGCCAUGAACAUUUCCAAGGAUGUCCACGUCUAUGCCUUUCUGUGACUACACCAGUCUCUUUGUGUCUAGCUCAUUGGCAACUGCCCUCUGAAAACAUCCUGUUGGAAGCCACGUAAUGGUGAGGUACUGCUGCUCAAUUGUUAGGUGUCAUUUUGGUCUUGUGAUGUCAAAAUGGGAACGUUGAACAUUCAGAAGGUCAAAUUCAGUUCACUUGUAAACUUAGUGCAUUUUAAGUUCAUCCUGUACUGUGAGCACAGCGUAUUGGCUAAGUUCAUACAAGUAGUAACAUUUUAUCUUUCUUAAAGGUUAUAUCAGCAUUUCAAUGAGUUACCCACUUUUAAAUAUCAUGUAAAAACAACAGAAGGGUGUAAUUGGCAUCACACAUUUCAUUCCUUUAACGUGAAGUCGCUAAGCACUAAUGUAAAAACACAACAAAAUCCCAAGUGACAAGUUGAUGGCAUCUUAUCAGUCGGCGGCUAGCACUAGAAGCUAACGUAGCAGUCUAUAUAUUUGGUCAAGUUUUUUCUUUUCUUUUUUUUUUUUUUUUUUGAGGUGGAGGGGGGGCGUGUCAUAAAAUGUAUCCACUUACAUUAUGGUAACUUCCAGAGUAUUUUCUGGAAGUAAUUACAGUGAGGUACACUGAUGUAAAUUUGAGACAUCUCAAGGCAUUUUUUUUUUAAAUCCAAUUUUACAAGCGUUAAGAACCUUUGGAGGUACCACCCAAUUUGUUUCAUUUGUUCGUGUGCUGUGAUUUGUGCCUCACUCGCAACUCUUGACUUUUACCUCCAAUCGCACUACUUUUAACUGUGAACGUGUCAUCAUAUACUAAGGCCCAUUCCAUGCGGUUUUGUUUUGUUUUGAGCUGCUAUUUUGUUUACUGCGUGCUAUCUAUUUUAGCGUUGUUUAUUAAGAAGAUGCACAUUAUUGUUGUUGGUUUUUUUUUU